AUGGUUACUAGAGUUAAAAUUAAUGUUACUGAUGAUGAUAGUAGCAAUAAAACUAUUAAUGAUGAAAUGAACUUACCUUCCACUAAACGCAUAUGUAGAGCAACAAGUAAAAAUGCAAAAGAAAUUCUUACUCGAUUGCUUACUCAUACUACUUUUUCUGAUGAUGGUCAAUUACUAUAUAAUGUUCUUCAUGAACUUCAAGACAUAGAAUCAGGUUGGACUAAGGAACACUAA